GGAGCUUCUAGCCUUGCUUGACUACCGAUUUGAAGGCACAACAAGGAAGAGGGAGGAAAAGGAGCAACAAUGGCGGCCACCAUAACCAGUGUUACUCUCCCAAACACCAGGUGGGCAGCUCCUAAGCCAGAGGUUCAGAGGCUUCACGCUCUCGCCACCGUGAAUUUUCCCCUGAGAAUGAGCGCUAGGAGGUUGGCCUUGCAUGUUAGGGCUACACCGCCCCAGCAGCAGAACAUAUCCGACGCGGUGCAGGAGAGCAUCAAGCACGCGCAGGAAGCCUGCGCCGGCGACCCGGCGAGCGGCGAGUGCGUCGCCGCCUGGGACGAGGUGGAGGAACUCAGCGCCGCCGCGAGCGACGCGCGCCAGAAGCAGAAGGAGAUCGACGCAGAUCCACUGGAGGCAUUCUGCAAGGACAAUCCUUCGACCGAGGAGUGCCGCACAUAUGAGGACUGAGAGUUGGUUGGUCGUGUUGGGCAUGUCGAUGCAGUUUAUCACUCUAGAUGAAAAAUGAUAAUAUAUUUUUUUCUCUC